AAAAUUGACGAAAUGUGGAACAAACCGUAUAUGGGAAUAAUAAUUUUUUGUAUGAUGGCCAGCGGUGGAAGAGCCAUACCAACCGAGUUGACCAGAUACUCUCAGUUGGGACAAGGCCCGUUAGCGCCAGCCAACAACAGUGUGGUGUCCACCACUGAUCAUUUGGGUCUCCUGCAUGAGAGUUCCUCGGUAGCUCCGGACUUUGAAUACGCCCUACUCGGUGAGGAUCCGCAGGAUCAGCAAUGGUUUCGCGUCAGUCUUACGCCAAAAACCAACAAAACUGUCUACCGGGCACAGUUUGCAACUCGAAAGCAUCCGCCCUUCAAUUCGGAAGUUGCCCACCGGCACGAUAAGACCAUUCAGGAUCUGCUCAACUGGCUGGACCGUUCCGAGGAUCAGAGUCUGUGGAAAGUUUAUCGUGAUCUAUUGGAGUACACACCACAGGCACAGUCAUCCAGCCAGGAGUAUCCCAAUGGUGACAAAAUCGAAAAAGCGAAAAAGCUGUCCACGAAGCAGGAAUGUCAUAGGCGCAAUCACCGGCUCCUCCUUGUGGAUGACGAGGGAACCAGUACCACGACAUCAUCACCGCCAAGUAAAAGCCCAAUGCAACCGACACAUGAGUUGGUUUAUUUCAUAAAGGGGCCUAAGUAAGCCCCCAGAUAUCGUGAUUCUGAAGAUGGAACAUUCGUAUUUAUAAUAUUAAUUUGUACUUUGCAAUAAAAAGAUUA